CCCCCUCACUUCACUAGAACCCAGGUUCACCUCCCCGCCAACGUCGCUCUCGGCCCAUCCCCCCGCCCCCCGCGCGCGCGCGUCUCCACUACCCCCUCCCUGCCAGAUCGCCCGCUCCAGCCGCGCGCGGCGGCGGGCUAGCUAAGCGCCCAAGCCAAGCCAAGCCGGAUCAUGGACUCCCCCGGCACCGCCGGCCCUCCGUCCUCCUGCGCGGCCGACGCGCAGGCGCAGCAGGUGCCGGUGGCCGUGGCUCCCCCGCAGCCGCAGCCGCAGCAGCUGAGCAGGUACGAGUCGCAGAAGCGGCGGGACUGGAACACGUUCCUGCAGUACCUGCGCAACCACCGCCCCCCGCUGACGCUGGCGCGCUGCAGCGGCGCGCACGUCAUCGAGUUCCUCAAGUACCUCGACCAGUUCGGCAAGACCAAGGUGCACGCGUCCGGCUGCGCGCACUACGGCCAGCCCAGCCCGCCCGCGCCCUGCCCCUGCCCACUCCGCCAGGCCUGGGGCUCCCUCGACGCCCUCAUCGGCCGCCUCCGCGCCGCGUACGAGGAGAGCGGCCACGCGCCCGAGUCCAACCCCUUCGCCGCGCGCGCCGUGCGGAUCUACCUCCGCGAGGUCCGCGACGGCCAGGCCAAGGCCAGGGGCAUACCCUACGAGAAGAAGAAGCGCAAGCGCACGCCCGCUGCCGCUUCCGGGGAGGGGACGAGCUCGUCGUCGGCCGCCGCGGCUGUCCUGGCCCGCGGCGAAGGAGGAGAGCAAAGUGGCACCGGCACCGGCACCGCGGCGGCUUCGCCACUACCGUCGUCACCCACCGGCGCCCAGGCGGAAGGGAGUAGCGUCACUGCUGCACCAAGCACCUCCCGAGUAUAGUAGAGUCAAUCACCUCGCCGACAAGAGACCUCCGAUCCCUCCUUGUCGAUCGUAUUUGCUUCCCUACGUACGUGUCGGUAAUGUAUACAUCGAUCGCGCUUAAUUAAUUUGCAUGGUUUGAGCUAUAUUUCUCUUGCCAUUUCGUUGUUUCACUACGCUUCUCCCUUUUCUUGUUUUAAUUUCUUCUUGUCGUCUCGAUCGAGUCCUUGUGAUUUUAGCUGCUACCUAGGUCAGUGAGUAGCUGAGUAAGUAUGUGCCAGUCGGCAAAUGGUAAUUGAGAUUUGAACAUCGGUCGAAGUCUUGGGAACUGAACGAUUGAUCAUCAGUGCUAGCUGCUGUUUUGUUCAUGUACGUCCCAGAUAUUACCCUCCAUGGUGACAUAACCGCAAGAUUUGAGGUUAAUCAAUUGAGUAUUUAAUUAAAUUUGAUCUUCCAUUGUAAA